UACUUCUCUACUUCGCAUGCACCCAUUCAGUAAUUAAUUACACACAUCUUGCUUCCCAUAUCCGCUAACAUAUAUACUCCGCGGCAUUUGCCGUUUCAGAUAGACCUCGUCCUGAUGGUUCAGGGGGCACAUUUCAGCUCAACCUGGCCAACAACACGGUUGACAGAAACCAGAUGACUACAAGUUCCAACAGGGUUCAUACGGAUUGUGUUUCCAACCGGAAGCAUGGGCGUCAUAACCCUCCCUGCGCAAAAAGCUAUUCUCCGCACGGAACUGUCACAUCCCCUGGUGCGUCCCAGGACUCCAAGGCCGAAGAGAAUGGCUCGACACGACCCAAGAGAAAGACCAAGCCCAAUCGCGGUUUUGAUCCAGCUGCUCAAGUAGCCAGAGACGCUUCGGCCGUCGAGCAGCCUCCACCAGCUCCAGAUAGACCUCGUCCUGAUGGUUCAGGGGGCACAUUUCAGCUCAACCUGGCCAACAACACGGUUGACAGAAACCAGAUGACUACAAGUUCCAACAGGGUUCAUACGGAUUGUGUUUCCAACCGGAAGCAUGGGCGUCAUAACCCUCCCUGCGGAAAAAGCUAUUCUCCGCACGGAACUGUCACAUCCCCUGGUGCGUCCCAGGACUCCAAGGCCGAAGAGAAUGGCUCGACACGACCCAAGAGAAAGACCAAGCCCAAUCGCGGUUUUGAUCCAGCUGCUCAAGUAGCCAGAGACGCUUCGGCCGUCGAGCAGCCUCCACCAGCUCCAGGUUCGCACGGCUACUUCUCUACUUCGCAUGCACCCAUUCAGUAA